UGGGGCUUUAACCUCUUUGAGAGGGCGGCCUCUUAUUACCCCAAUUGUAGGAAACUAGUGUUCAAUCAAAUGCAUCAAAAUGCUUCUUUAUACCGCAAUAAACUUGCGGAAAAUCUCUUACUGUUGUUCUUCUUUCCCCUGUUUUUUCAAUGAAAUUAACACCCAUUUCUUCUUCAUUCCACCAUUUUUACUUCUGAAAAAUGCUCAUUAUCACUCCUUUGCAUCACCAGUAACUACUAAUUAUAGAUACAACAGCAAAAACUUUGAUUACCCAUCUUCAAAGUCUAAUUUUUCUAUCAACCCCAGUUGUUCUUUGUCCCCUGCAGAUUACGCCUCUCUUCUUAAAUCUUGUAUUUCUCAAAGGGCGAUUGAACCUGGUAAGCAGAUUCAUGCUCAAAUUUGCCUAUCUGGGUUAGCUUUAAAUGUUGGUUUAGCUACAAAACUUGUUGAUCUUUAUUGUAAUUGCAAUGCUUUGGUUUAUGCACACCAACUGUUUGAUAAAAUGCCUAAGAGUAAUUUGUUUUUAUGGAAUGUUUUGAUUCGUGGGUAUGCGUGGGAUGGACCUUAUCAAGUUGCUAUAUCACUUUAUUAUCAGUUGCUUGAUCAUGGGCUUAAUCCUGAUAACUUUACUUUCCCUUUUGUGCUAAAGGCGUGCUCGGCGCUUUUGGCUGUUAAAGAGGGUAGGGAGAUUCAUGAACAUGUUAUCAGAACUGGUUGGGAGAAUGAUGUGUUUGUGGGUGCUGCACUUAUUGAUAUGUAUGCAAAAUGUGGUUGUUUGGAGAGUGCUAGAGGUGUUUUUGAUAAAAUUGUAAGUAGGGAUGUUGUUUUGUGGAACUCUAUGCUUGCUGCUUAUGCCCAAAAUGGGCACCCGGAAGAUGCACUUACUUUGUGCAGUGAGAUGGCGUUUGCGAGUCAGAGGCCUACUGUUGCUACCUUGGUGAUAGUUAUCUCGGCUUCAGCUGACAUUGGUGCUCUUCCUCAGGGGAGGGAGAUUCAUGGGUUUAGUUGGCGGCAAGGGUUUGCGUUUCAAGAUAAGGUUAAGACUGCUCUUGUAGAUAUGUAUGCAAAAUGUGGGUCGGUUAGAGUGGCAAGGAGGGUGUUUGAGAGGCUUCAGGAGAAAAGGGUUGUUGCUUGGAAUGCUAUGGUUUCUGGGUAUGCUAUGCAUGGUUGUUACGAUGAUGCAAUCGACUUAUUUGAGGAAAUGAUCAGACAAGGUUAUGUGCCUGAUCAUAUUACUUUUGUUGGUGUCCUUUCUGCUUGUCGCCAUGGUCGUUUACUGGAUGAAGGUUGGAGAUAUUUUAACCAAAUGAUUGAAGAGUAUCAUAUCAAUCCUACGGUGCAACAUUAUACAUGCAUGGUUGAUCUCCUUGGCCAUACUGGCCGACUAAAGGAGGCUCAUGAUCUCAUUAUGGAAAUGAAGGUUACACCGGAUUCUGCUGUUUGGGGUUCAUUGCUCAAUGCGUGUAAGAUCCAUGGAAAUGUUGAAUUGGGGGAAUUAGCAUUGGAGAAGAUCAUUGAGCUUCAACCUAAUGAUUCGGGGAAUUAUGUGAUUUUGUCUAAUAUAUAUGCACAGUCUGGACAAUGGGAUGGAGUUGCAAGGGUGAGAAGAUUGAUGAUUGAUAAAGGAGUUAAAAAGAACAUAGCAUGUAGUUGGAUUGAAUUGAAAAAUGAAGUUCAUGCUUUCCUCUCUGGAGACACUACACACCCCAUGUGUGACACUAUAUAUGCCGAAUUGGAGAGGGUGACAGGAUUGGUAAUGGAAGCUGGAUAUGCUCCAACUACUGGGACUGUAUUCCAUGAUGUUGAAGAUGAUGAGAAGACCGGUAUGGUUUGCAGUCACAGUGAAAGGCUGGCAAUUGCUUUUGGACUUAUCAGCACUCAACCUGGAACAAGGCUUCAUAUCACAAAGAACCUUCGAGCAUGUGAGGAUUGUCAUAUCUUCAUUAAAUUUGUCUCAAAAGUGACACAAAGGGAGAUAAUUAUAAGAGAUGUCAAUCGUUACCAUCACUUCAAGGAUGGCGAAUGUUCUUGUGGUGAUCAUUGGUAAACUAGAUGGGAGUCUUCUAUUGAAAUGCCGAUGGUGCCUAUAUGCAGUGAAAGCAAUAUCUGAUAUCUACUCCCUCAGUUUUCCAGAAACAGUCUGGAGUCAGUUUCUCUCUUAAGGUGUCUUCAUGUUCUCAAUUUCAUGGCUCCCAUUACUUUACCAUGGGUCUUGUGACUCUUUUUUGUUGCUUUGCUCUGGCAUAUUUCCAGUUCAUUGGUCACAUGGUUAAUGCCUUGUUUGUUUUAAAGAUGCAGAAUAUGCAGUUCCUAGGUCUGGCAUUCUUUUCUUAUAAAUCAUCAGCUGAAACUUUAGCAUUGCUUUUUAUGUUCUGGAAGAAAUGUUGAACAAAGCAUCAAUCGACUUGUGCAUAUGCCUGCUGGUGGAAGCAGCUUUUGUAUGAUGUCCGGAACCAUUAAACAUGCCAAUCUCAAGACCAUCAGAGGAUCUGUUUCUAUGUGAAUUCUGACUUCAGUUUUAACACUAUUCAUGAAGAUGGGACUAUGGGAGGACUGACGGAGCUAAGGAAAAGAUCCCCUCUUGACCUUGUUAGAAAGAGGCAGCUUUGGCAUAGGUUGUGGCAGCAAUAUCAGUAUCAAUAGCUUCCUUUGUUUUCUGCUUUUGUGAUGCAUAUUCAGGCUUCAGAUCCCAUACUCUGUACAUGCUGAUGCAUUGAAAUCAUCCAGAAAUCAGGAUUCAGUGUAUGCUUUACAUACCGUUGGUUUGUCUUGAAGUCAUGACAUUGAAGUGGUUUCAUUGACUAUCUGCAAUUACAGUUCCAGCAAUAUUAAAGUUGUUUAAUACCAGUUCCAGCAAUCAUCAGGAUGAGGUUGGUCUUCUUCAUGCUCCUGCACCAUCUCGUUGUCUUCUCUUACCAUUGACAUUGUAAGGCUGAUCUAGUCUUCCCUGCAAGUGGUAAGUAAACUCAGCUACAUCUUCAGAGGGGAAUUCAACCAAGUCAUAAAAUGAAUUCUUGACCCCUGAUUAAGCUGUGAUGAGCUGGUCAUUCUUUAGUAGGUUGCCAACAUUUGUUACUAAAACCAGUUAAAUGUAUUGGCUUUCUGCUAGAACUGUUGCUAGUAAAGCAGAAGAAUCUCUGUCAUUAUUUGAUGUAACUUUGGUGUCUAGUUAAUGACAUUUUGGGUCAUUUUCUGGCAUAAUUAUACUGCCUAACUAAUGGCUUCCAGAAUUUGAUAGAACAACCUAAUUGUACUUUUUGGUUUGAAACAUCCUAGUUAUACUUUUACCAUGAUUCAAAAGCUCAUUGUAUGCAGUAAUUUGUAAGGGUGUGGUGAUGUAUGUUUAACAGAAGUAAUUCGCAAUGGUAUGGCGGUAAUUUGCAAGUAUAUUGUACCCUUCAUGAAGAGGGCAUUCUAAUGUAUUUUAUCUUACUUUGAUUUAGAAUAAAUAAAAUUUGCAAGUGUACUGACAACGA